AUGGUCAAGAUCAACCCUUCCCUCGCUUCUUCUCGCCGCAAGAGCCGUGCCGCUCACUUCAAGGCUCCCUCUGACCAGCGCCGUGUUAUCAUGAGCGCUCCCCUCUCCAAGGAGCUCCGCGAGCAGUACAACGUCCGCUCUAUUCCCAUCCGAAAGGACGACGAGGUCACCAUUGUCCGUGGUUCCAACAAGGGCCGCGAGGGCAAGAUCACCUCCGUGUACCGUCUCAAGUACGUCGUCCACGUUGAGCGUGUCACCCGUGACAAGGCCAACGGCCAGUCCGUUCCCCUGGGCAUCCACCCCUCCAACUGUGUCAUCACCAAGCUCAAGCUUGACAAGGACCGCGAGGACAUCCUUGCCCGCUCCAAGACUGGCCGUGAGCUCGCUGCCAACAACAAGGUCACCGCUUAA